ACACAAAGGCGACUCCUGCGUGGGUACCGCCCCAGGACAUAAACAGGGGCGAGUUCUCCCGGGAGGCCAGUGCGCGGCCGCGGAGCUUGACCCGCCCAUCGCUCCGCCCCCUGGGAGAGUCGGAGCCACCAUGGAGGAGUACCAUCGCCACUGUGACGAGGUUCGCUUCAAUGCGGAAGAAGCCCACAAUAUUGUUAAAGAGUGUAUAGAUGGGGUUUUGGGUGGUGAAGAUUAUGAUCAGGACAACAUCAACCAAUGGACCGCAAGCAUAGUGGAGCAAUCCUUAGCACACUUGGUGAAGUUGGGGAAAGCUUAUAAGUAUAUUGUGACCUGCGCUGUGGUCCAGAGGAGUGCAUAUGGCUUUCACACAGCCAGCUCAUGCUUUUGGGAUGUCACAUCGGAUGGAACCUGUACUGUAAGAUGGGAGAACCGAACCAUGAACUGUAUCGUCAAUGUUUUUGCCAUUGCCAUUGUCCUGUGACAGACUAAAAAUGUUUUGGCUUUGAAUUUCUCAGCGUAUCCUUUCUAAAAAGAACGAUAGUUACUUAUUAAUGUGCUAGAUGACACAUGUGCAAUAUGCUUCAAAGCUGUCUACAAAAACAAUAUUAUCAGCAAGCGAUCUCAUUGUAAGUUGGCAGAUUAUCUCAUAUUUUAUACAGAAUCAUUUAAAUAGGAAAAAGUUAAUGUCAACAAGAAACAUGCCGAAAAAAUGGUGUAACAUGAAAAUACAAUCUUAUGUGUAUAUUUAUACCACCUUUUCACUUAACAUUAUGUACCUAAGGAAAUGGGGAAAUCCAUUCUGAUAAUAAAAUUCCCUUUCAGCAUCAGAGAAGUUAACAGGGAUAAAUAUCUGAACAAAAAUAGCUGUAAGGAUAAAUCAGGAGAAAAUAAUAAUUAACUAAUACUUCCUAGUUUUUUUUUAUUUCUUCUCAGUUGUACAUAUGACUUACUGAAAAGUAAUUGUUCUUUUUUUCCUAUCAACUAAUGUUACAGUAACAACUACUAUUAACUUGUUUACCUUUUCUGAGAACUGUUAAAACAGUUUUUAGAAUUUCAAAUCGUUGGAUUUACAUUUGAGGGCAAAUUAAAUCUGGUAACCUGAAUUCUCUAGUUAAACAAAAUGAGUUACAGUCUAUGAUGAAAAGUAUAUGACUAACAGCUGCCUUACAAUUCACGCAUUUCACGUGUAACAAACAUGUAUUGAAUGCCUGUUAUGAGCAUAUUUCUCAUAGUCAUUAUAGUUGACUGGUAGUCAAUAUACUGUUCAAAUUGUAAGUUUCUUUUGGCACCUGUUCAGUCAGACAACUAACAUUUGUGUUUGGGGAAGGAAAAAAAAAGAGUUGUUUUACAAGAGAGGAAAAAAGUGAAUCUGGUUAUCCAUGUAGAAAGAAGUAAGCAAAAUGAAAAGCACAUUGCUGACGGAAUUAUAUAUGUAAUUUUAAGAAUUGUUCUUAUCAAGUAAAAAAAAAUGCAUAAAAUAUGCAACUCUUACUUAAAAGGCAUUAGCAGUCUAACUGUAUAAGUAGUAAAUUUUGUUAUUGCUACAUCUGUAAGUAAUUUUAAAUAAUUAUGUGGGGUUCAAAUUAAAUGGAAUAAAGUAUAAAUUAAAAGUAUACAAUCAUUAGCAGGUUAUUGAAAAUCUCAGGGCUUAUGAAAUGUCAUUAAAUUUAUUAAGAAAGUAAAAGAUGAAAAAUUAGGGUACACAGCUGGCCACCAAAUGUGAAGUCAAUCUGCUAUGUAAUGUUGAAAACAAAAUCAAGUUUGCAUAUUACCACUAACACUAAUACAUUUAGGGAAUGGAACCAUGAUUCAUUGAAUUUUUGGGGAAAAGGAAAGCUUAGUAUUAAUGUUGACAAUAUUAAGAUAGUAUUCUUGUAGGAAUACUAUGUGCAUGUUUGAUAUUUUGUUGUGUAACAAUAAUUCUUCAAUGUUUAAGAAUAUUAAGAAAAUACAAGGGUAGAGUUGAAUGUAGUGGUCUACAUUUUUGGCACAUCGAAAAUUCUCAUAGUCAUUAACUUUAUGUAACUUUACGCUGCUGGCUUUCGUGCCCUUGAAGAUUAUAAUAGUGACCAGAAUAUCUGUGCAGUUAAGACUCAUUUUGAUUAUUGUUAUUGAAGCCUGAUCUUAAAAGAAUAAUAAUCAAAAAUACCUCGUGAACUCGCUAUCUGCUCUGUUUCUAGCUAAAAUAUAAUAAAGAUUAUCUUCCUGUGCUGUA